AUGGGCCUACUAUCCACCCCAAUACUGAGAGCCUUCUGGAUCAUAGUCCUAAUUACCUUCUCAUUAGUCCUCCUAGUUUACCACAAAUCCUACAUUAGCGACACCAUCCACCACACCAUCCACCGCAACAGCACCAUCCGGAAGACUGCCUUCACGCUGAGGGCGCGGUUCUUGAUGCUCUGGGUUGGUGCGGUAGUGAUGAUACCUAUCAACUUCCUUUUUGUGACUAAUAUCUACUUACGCCCGUUGCUCGGUGUCUGGAAGUAUAAGACCUACGCAUGGACCAAACAACCCCAUGGAAAGACCUACUAUGAGCUCCUGAAAGCCCUUAUAUAUAUGGUAUGGCUAUUCCCAAUACUGGUUCUCUUAGUGCCGCCGUUUUUUGUGACCAGUGCGGCGUGGAAAAAGGAGUAUAAAGAUGCGUGCAAAGGUAUGGCCAUUAUGGCUGCUCUUGACUCGCCGACGGAGAGAGCAAUAAAAGAUAUACACUUCACAAACCACGCUACCAACUCUGCGUUCGUUAUGGCGAUGAGUCCUGUCCCUGUAGCGGGGAGCAUGGACCCGAACGGGGCCUACAACCUCUCCAUUAUCGCUGACAGCAAACGGGCCGGGUCAUCGAAUCCCUCAUCAUGGAUGCAUAUCGAGUACAAUCUCGGGCACAAACGUUAUCGCGUCCUUAGCAAUAGCAACACAAUCGUCCAAGAGGGUGAGUACCAACUGGGGGAACAUUUCGGUAUUCCAAAGAUGGGUCUACAGUGCAACUUGAGUAGUUUCGAGGCCAGCUGCGGCUUCGACCCGACAGUGAGCGUUGUGGAUGCGGAGGGGAAGGUCAUGGUCAAGACGGUGCAGUUCACGAUUUGCGGGGAGCUGCAGGCGUGUGUUGAUGAGAGGUUGGGGGAUAUGGCGGCGGUACCGGUAGGGUUGUUGGUGCUCCAAAGGGCGGCGAGGGGGCCUGCGAGUUGUUGUAGUUCAAAACAUUGGAAGCCUGGGACUGAGGGGAGGGAGUCUGGUAUCACGCAAGAGGAUGUGUAG